AAGUUGAAGCAACUGUCAGUACGAGACAAGAAAAAAGAGGAUUUCAUAGUAGAGAAAAAAAAACAGUUGAACUGAUUGGAUUCGUCUUUCGCUCUCACUAGCUGUAGAUCUUCAUGGUUUACAAGUUGAUGAUUCAGAAAGUGUGUUAUAAUAAUAAUCAUGACAGAAAAGAAAGGCUGUGCUGUUGCUGGAGGUUGUCCUAGUGAUUAUGUAGCUGUUUCUGUAGCUGCUUUAUCCAUGAUCAUGCUUCUUUCACGUUUGGCUUUACCGUUCUUAGUUCACAAGACUCCUACAACAAAAGGAAGUGGCUUCUGGCUACUCUGGAUUCAAGUUUUUGCUAGCUUAAACUUGACAUUGUCGUUAGUCAUGUCUGUCAAUUUUUUGAAAUUCGAAAGGAUGCAUUGGUGGAAUUCUUGCUACAUAUGGGCAGGAUGGGUUGAAGGUCCAUUUGGGUUUGGUUUAUUGAUGAGCUGUCGUUUUGUUCAAGCAUUCAAAUUGUAUUACUUAUUUGUCAAGCGGCGCCUACCACCAAUCAGAACAGUUGUCUUGCUUCCAUUGCUUCUCUUGCCAUGGUUUGCUGCGGUUGCAUUUCUUCAUAUAAAGAGGCCUCUGAAUGAAAGGUGCCAUUACCGCAGUCAGUGGGUGAUUCUAAUGGUCGGACUUCACCUCUUAUACAUUGCUUCUAUUGUUGCCAUUACACGGUCUCUUAGGCACAUCGAGUUCAGAUUUCACGAAUUCAAAGACCUCAUGCAGGGAAUAGUUGUUUCAACCGCUGCCGUUGGAGUAUGGGUUGCUGCUUAUGUUCUGAAUGAGGUCCAUGAAGACAUUGCAUGGCUUCAAGUAACUUCUAGAUGUUUUCUGCUAGUAACUGCAAGUAUUCUUGUCCUUGCCUUUUACUCAAUAUCAGUUUCACAACCUUUGCUCUCGCAAGUGAGCUUGAGGAGAAGAGAUAGACAUGAGUUUGAGACAAUGGGUCAAGCUCUGCGUAUACCAGAUAGCAGAAGACUCCAACAAAUGGAGCCCAUUCUGGAUGUUGAUUCUAGUGAACCACUGGAUAAGCUUCUUCGGAACAAGAGAUUUCGCCAGUCCUUCAUGGCCUUCGCGGACAGUUGUUUGGCUGGGGAGAGUGUCCAUUUCUGUGAUGAAGUAGACGAGCUUGACGUAAUACCUGUAAAUGACCCAGUGAGAAGGAUCUACAUGACCCGGCACAUUAUCGAGAAGUACAUACGUGCAGGUGCCACAAUGGAGGUGAAUAUAUCUCAUCGAACUCGCCAAGGAAUUCUAGAUACUCUUGAUCUUGCACAUCCAGGGCUCUUUAAUAAUGCGCUAAACGAGUUAAUGCACUUGAUGAAAACGAACUUGGCAAAAGACUACUGGUCGUCAUUAUUCUUCCUGAAAUACAAAGAAGAAUCAAACACACAACGAGAUGGGAUUGAGUUCAUUGACCGAGUUAAUGUGUGGGACCAUUCCCCUAGGUUAAGUUCUGUUCACGGUGCCGCAGACGAUCCUUUCCACCAAGAACAACCUUUGAAGGUAUCCUCCAGCCGCAUGUCUGAUAGUUAGCCACACAAAAGUCGAUGAGGAAAAAAGUCUAGGUCCCUUAAUGGAUCAGUUAGGUCCAGUAGGUAAACAUUCUUUUAUGGUACAUUUGUACACUAGAUUCAAAAGUAAACCUAGGUUUAGGGUAUAGGAACCUUUACAUUGUCCCGUAUCUAUAAUUGGGCCGACCGCCCGGAGGGCCCGAAGGGAGGGAGUCCCUUUUGUGGCCACUUUUUUUGUAAAUUGAAACCUAACAAAGAUGUCCAAUUUGAUAAAUAGAUGGGUAAAUUUAUUAAAUACCCUUAGUUUUGACA